GGGAGAGGACAGGGAGAAAUAAUGACAUAAAAAAAAGAAUGAGAGAAAGGGAGAGGAACAGAGGCGUGCACGUAAGGAUAAAGAAAGAAGGAGAGAAAGAGGAGGUGGAACUGAGAGGUGGAAAGAAAGAAACAAAGAAAAUGGAGAAACAAAGAGACAGAAAAAGCAAGAAAGAGUGAAGGGGUACUGGGAGAGAGAAAAAGCGAACGAGGUACCGGUAGAUGGAGAAAAAGACAGACAGGUAGAGGGAGGGACAACAAAAAGAGGGUAGCGAGAAAAGAACGAGUGGGGAAAAGAGAGAAAGACAGCGGGUGGCCAAAGAGACAUUUUAAGAGAGACGUGUGUUUGCCGUGCACCUCCACUCCACUAGGUGGCGCAUGGCAUCACAAUUAGACUCGAGCGCACACGCAGAAAGGACGUCCACCUCCCCAGCACCCAAUCAACCCCCCCCCCCCCUCACACACUUUUUAUGUUAUUUUUCUUUCGAGUCCUUUUCACUUUGAAGAAUCCACAUCUCCUCCGCCAUGCCGCUCUGUGAUUUUAAGAGGAGGCUGCGCAUCAAAGUGCGAGCUACCCCUCAUGCGUCCUCCCGUGCUCCCGCUCGUCCUCCUCUUCGUCGUCGUCCCCCUCCUCCUCCUCCUCCUCCUCUUCAUCGUUAGUCUCGGCUCAGCUGUAGUUGGACGAGCCCCAGCAUGGCCCACCACCAGGCCGGCAAAGGCGCGCGUGUCCCCGGCUUGACGCGCCUCCUCCUUGCACUCGUGCUGGUGCUUGUGGUCUGCGCCAACCCGAGCCAGGGUACGCAGGACAACGACACCCGGGCACACGGAGACGAGGAGCACCAGCAAGGCAACAGCACGGCGCACCGAAAGGCUUUCCCGGUCCUGUCUUUCAACUACGAGUACGUCCGGAAGCCCUUCGAGAUCUCGCUAUGGAUCCUACUCGCGCUGCUCAUGAAACUCGGCUUCCACAUCAUUCCCCGAGUGUCCCACGUAGUCCCCGAGAGCUGCCUGCUGAUCUUCGUGGGGCUACUGGUGGGCGGCGUCAUCAAGGCCAUCCGGCAGACGGCGCCCGUAUUGGACACCGAUCUCUUCUUCCUCUACCUGCUCCCGCCCAUCAUCCUGGACGCCGGCUACUUUCUCCCCAUCCGACCAUUCACUGAGAACCUGGGCACCAUCCUGGUGUUCGCCGUGGUGGGCACCCUGUGGAACACCUUUUUUGUGGGCGGUGCCAUGUACGGCGUGUGCCAGCUGGAAGGGGGUCAACUAAGGGGCGUGGAUCUGCUGUCCUGCCUGCUCUUCGGCUCCAUUGUGUCGGCCGUGGACCCCGUGGCCGUGCUCGCCGUCUUCGAGGAGAUCCAUAUUAACGAGCUGCUCUACAUCCUGGUCUUCGGCGAGUCUCUGCUCAAUGACGCUGUCACUGUGGUGCUGUAUCACCUGUUUGAGGAGUUCUCCCACGCCGGCACGGUGACGGUGGCUGACGCCCUGCUGGGCGGGCUGUGCUUCUUUGUGGUGUCGUGCGGCGGUAUCCUGGUGGGCGCCAUCUACGGGCUGUUGGGCGCCUUCACGUCACGCUUCACAUCGCAUACACGCGUCAUAGAGCCACUCUUCGUCUUCCUCUACAGCUACAUGGCCUACCUCUCGGCAGAGGUCUUUCACCUGUCGGGCAUCAUGUCGCUGAUUGCAUGCGGCGUGGUGAUGCGUCCGUACGUGGAGGCAAACAUCUCGCAUAAGUCCUACACCACCGUCAAGUACUUCCUGAAGAUGUGGAGCAGCGUGAGCGAAACCCUCAUCUUCAUCUUCCUCGGCGUCUCCACGGUGGCGGGACCCCACGCGUGGAACUGGACGUUCGUCAUCGUCACCGUGGUCCUCUGCCUCGUCUCCAGAGUGCUGGGUGUAGUGGGCCUGACGUUUGUCAUCAACAAGUUCCGCAUUGUCAAACUGACCAAGAAAGACCAGUUCAUUGUGGCCUACGGUGGCCUGCGAGGCGCCAUCGCCUUCUCGCUGGGUUUCCUGUUGACGAGCAACAAGAUGAAAGACUUGUUUCUCACCGCCAUCAUCACCCUAAUUUUUUUCACUGUCUUCGUGCAGGGGAUGACCAUCAGGCCUCUCGUGGAACUUCUGGAAGUAAAGAAGAAGAGGGAGUGUGACGGCUCCAUCAACGAAGAGAUUCACACACAGUUUCUGGAUCAUCUCCUUGUGGGAAUCGAGGACAUCUGUGGACAUUACGGACACCAUCACUGGAAAGACAAACUGAGCCGCUUCAACAAGGCCUACGUGAAGAAGUGGCUGAUUGCGGGCGACCGCUCCACCGAGCCGCAGCUGCUCUCCUUCUACAACAAGAUGGAGAUGAAGCAGGCCAUGAUGAUGGUGGAGAGCGGCGGCGGCAUCGGCGUCUUCAAACCGCCCUUGAUGGUGCCGAACAUCGAACCCACGGCCCCGUCCCGGAGCAAGACCGUCAUCUCCAAAAUUCGUGAAAUGGAAAUCCGAAAGAUGUUGCACUCCAACAUGCAGAAAAACAGACAACGGCUUCGUUCCUACAGCAGGCACGACCUGAUGAUGGACCCCUUUGAGGAAGACGUGAGCGAAGUUCGCUUCAGGAAGCAACGAGUUGAGAUGGAAAGGAGGAUGAGCCACUAUCUGACCGUCCCGGCAAAACGGCCGGAGCCACCUCCCUCAGUGAGACGGGUUGCAUUCGAACCAGCACACAGAGUUUACACGUACGACGACGGCGAGGGCACCCCAGUGGAGGCCCGCCGGAACGCCUCCAACGCCGUCAGCCUGCUGCACGAAUCCGGACGCGAGUUCCAAGAGGAGGAGGAGGAGAAGGAGGAGGAGCAGUUCAAAGCAUUGCGCCGUCUCAGUGACCCCGGUCCAAAGUCAUAGCUCAAAAAAUUGUGUGUAAGAUUUGUAUUCGUUAUGCGGGUGAUUACUGUACAUGAGUGUUUUUUGGGGGGUAAAAUAUUAUUAUUAUUAGUUAUUUAUUUAUUUUGCGCUUGUUUGUCAUUGCUAGAGACGCCAAAUAGGUGGAGUUUAGCCUUAAAAGCACAUGCGUCGUGUGGCCACCGAAAAAUGCCUGUGUUGAAAAAUUUCAUUUAUAUAUAGUUAUAAUCUGGUAAUUUUUUUUCCCUCGGGGACUGUUUAAAUGAGACUGGUUUUGUAUGUACACAUUUUUAAAAAAGUGUCACUAACAUUCCGCCAGUUAGGUCAGCUCUUCAGCACUCAAAAUCAAUUUUUGCAGAAGUUGCAAAUUGUACUUUUGUUAAACUGUUUACUCAUCCAAGUCGGCAAGGCUGUAUAUCAGUAUCUUGCAUAUCUGUCACUGCCUGAGCUAAAACUGCCUGCAUGUUUGCCUUAAAAGAAUGUUUAGGUAUGUUGUGCCAAGAGUAUUUUUAUAUUUUCAGCCGCAAAACGUAUUGAUUGGAGACUUGUUUCAGGAUUGGGGUGUGGGGGAGUGAAAAUAAAGGUUUGUACAUGACAAUGUGAUUUUUGUUCUUAUUUGAAAAUAAAGGUUUGUGACAUUUUUGAA